AUGCAGGUUUAUGACGAGGAAAAGGGUAGGUUCAUCAUUGAACCUAGGGUGGGUGAAAUAUCGGCAACAAAUGAGGAUGUGGAAUGCUUGCUAGGAUUACAGGAUGAAGGCUUGUCGUCUGCUGAUAUUUUGGAAGAGGAAGGAGAAGAAUGGAAAACAAACAUACCUACUAGAUUUCUUAGUAAAAAAACUGGCAAUUUAGUCAUGAAAGAUAUGAUUGAUGAAAUCAUUACAUCAAAAGCCACAAAUGACGACUUCCUUCGAAGAGCUGUCUUAAUUCUUAUAGGGCUUGUUCUAGCUCCUACUUCGACUGCUACGGUUUACAAGCCGUUCUAUGCAUUUGUGGAAACAAUGUACAAGUUACACAACUUGAAUUGGAACCAAUUCACACUUGCAUAUGUCAUGGACCAGAUCAGCCCUUGCCGGAGAGGAAUAUAUGUUAGGCAGUGGCCGAAAGGCAAUGUUGCAAUUUUAGAGUACUUGUAUUGGGAGAAAGUGCAACCUCUUGAUGAGAUAGCACUAUAUGCUCGCAUCUCUUCACGCCCACUUAUGAUCAACUGGACAGAAGCUGCUGUAGCCUUGAGAGAUAGCUAUGAUCAAGAUAAUGGCCGGGGCAAAGGUAUCCUUAAGAUUGAAGAUAACAUCACAGAGGCAUAUAGGCGACAGUAUGGGAAGAAAACAGAUGGAAAAAACAUGGGUGCAGAAAUUAAAAAACCGGGUACUGGAAGGAGCAAUGGAAAGGGCAAUGGAAGGAGCACUGGGAAGGCUAGUAGCUCGAGAAAACCCGGCCCGUCGUGGGAAAUAAAGAUGGAAACCACCAUGAAGAGGAUGAUGCAGGAUUUUAAGAGGGAUAUGAUGGAAGAACUACCAGAGAGAUGCGCGAAGGAUGUUGUCAAAUUAUUAAACAAAUCAGGUGUUAGGUACAAGCCAUCCGCGGAAACACUUUCAGAUCAGUACUGUUAUGACGAAGGCUGCGGAUCUUACCUCAACGGAGUACUUGAACGGAAAGAAUUUGUUUACGACAAAAAAAGUGACACCCGGAGUGUGUCAUUACCUAAAGAAGAUGUUCACAAGGUGUCGAAAGAGGACAAUAAAGAAGAGGAUUACAUAACACCUGCAAGGACCAAGUGUGACUUCAUAGGGGAUGGCACGCCAGACAAUCCAUGGCAAGUUGCUGAAGAUUUUAAGGAGGCCUCUUCAUCGGAGGUGCCAUCAAAUAUUUUUGAACCUGCCCUCAAAAAUAUGAACAAACAAGACGAAUACAAAGAGGCUGCCUCAGAAGGAUCAAAAAGCGUCAACAGUGCAACCGGCAAGAAUGAAGAUGUAAAUGGAAAGAGGAAGCGAAAGCUCCCUCUUAAACUGCAGUAUCCUUAUAUCAUUGAGAAUCGAACGAAACGACAACCUCGAAAAAAGCCAACUCCCGCAAUAGCUACUCCGUCCACCAAUGAUGUUGAAAUUCCGCAAGACUCUACUGCCUUAAUAGCGGAACACAUUGCAGCAGCAGAGCUUUUUGUUCAACUUUGUUGCAAGAGUGAGGUUAUCGAUGCUUACAUUGGAGAUUUGUCUCGUCGUGUUGGGGAUGAUCGGUACUUAUGUGCAGCGUGGAGGUCAUCAUUCCUGCUAGAAGCACAUCGCAAGGGCCACAAAACCAAAAAUAAUAAUAAGAACAAUGAUCUCCUAGCUGUAAGAACUGGAACCAUUCAACGAGUUAUCGACGAAUAUUUUAGGCGGGAGAAGGCAUAUUUUCCAGUUAACAUAUCGAACAAUCACUGGACUACCGUGAUCAUGCACACACCCAAGCAAGAAUUCCAAGUUCUUGACUCAUUAUUUCUAUUAAGUGUGACCAUAGACACUGUCAGGGCUCUGAGACAACAAAUUUCGGCUGACAUCCAAGAGUACAACAAAUCUACAUCUGGAUUUUUCCCUGAUGUGAUAUCUUGGGAUAUAAAAUCAUACGAUAUGCCGCAGCAAAAAGAUGGCAAUUCAUGUGGCUUAUUUGUUCUUCAAUGCAUGGAACAUUGGGAUGGAGAUAAAUGGAAUAAAGAAAUAUCACAGGAGAUGAUAAACGGAUCAAGGAACCUCAUUAACGCACAGAUAGUUCUAGCAACUUCAAAUCUGUUAGAGACGGUGAAAAUGAAGGUUGUCCGGAUCUCCAAGAGAUAUACUAAGUAG